AUGAUUCAAGGCUUUCAGAUUUUUAAGCAAGACGACAACAUUACUAAGAAUUAUGAUAAUGACAACGAUUGCAAUGAUUUUUGUUUGAUUUUUGAAGAUUUAUUUCAAUCAAAUUCAGAAGAUGAAGUACUUGAUGCAGUAAAUAAGAUUUCAUCACAAUUUUCGACAAUGAAGUAUCCGAUUCCUGAUGAAUUUUAUGAUUAUGACGUCAUUGAUAAUCUUUUUGAAAGAUUUCAUUUAUUUGACAAUGAAACAGUAAGAAGAUCAAUAAUAAACCUUCUUAAAUUACUAAUUAACUGCAAAAUGGAUGAAGAGCCCUUCAUGAAAGAACUAAUUCCACAGUUAUCUUCAAUUUUAGAUGAAAGAAUAGAAAACCAAACAAAUUUCAUUGAACUGUUAAGCUGUUGCGUUUCAAAAUCCAAAUUUUGCCAUGAUUUUAUUGAAAAUAAGAUGGAUCAUUGUUUAUUUAGUUUUAUUUUCAGUUUACUAGGCCAAAACAAUCAACUAGAUUCAAAGAUAUUGAUAUUCUUUUCAGAAUUCAUCAAAUAUCCAUUAGAUUCAGAUAUCGAAAAUAUUAUUAUCACAAACAUUGAAAAUUUACAAAAUAUAGAGCUAAAAUAUGAUUUUAUUAUAACACUCUCUACCAAAUGCAAUCAUUUCGUUGAUAUAUUUGGCUAUUCAUCUAUAACUGAUUCAAUUUUUUAUUUUUUACGCAACAAACCGAACAAAAGGUCAAUAAAAGCUAUAUUAUUGGUAAAAGAAUGCAUCAAUCCAGAAGUCUACAAAAUUUUGCUUGAUUUGACAACGAAUGAAGAAUUUUUAGGAAUAAUAUUGUUUGUUUUAUCUUCACUUGUCGAUUUGUAUCCUUCUAUUUCAUCUGAUAUCAUUGAAUUCUUUACUAUUAAUGAUAUUCCAAAAAAUUCAACAAUUAUCUUAAGAGAAAUGGUUAGAUUGAUAUCAAAACUUGUAAUAUCAAACAAAGAUCGUUGUCAUCAAUUGUUUUAUGAUAAUAUUGAUAAUUUUCAUGAAAUGUUGUAUUUAUCAGAUAAAUCAAUAACUGAUGACCUUAUUUCAGCUCUUGUUACUCUUUCUGACGAAGAACUGAAAGAGUUUAUUAAUGAUAUAGACGUUGAAUAUAUUAAUGAAGCUUCAAACAAUGGAAAUGAAAAGGCUGAUGUUCUUUUAGAGAGAAUCAACAACAUUAAAGAAUAA